GAGCUUGUUAGUAAAAUAGCUGUCACUCACGCGAAUCACGCUUGAACGGCUCUUGUCAAAAGAGUUUGAUCCGACGUUUAAUACAUUAGACAGAGUUUUCUCUCUCAUAACUGAGUGAUCACUGAUUCGACAUGAUAAAGUGUCCUACAGCUAAAUUUAGCCUUUUCCUCGGUCAGCCAAAAUUUUGUCGACCUGGUGCUAUGGAAUGCGUUCAGUGUAGUCGCCAACUGCAGACGCCAUUGUGCAGUCUGUUUAUAUGCGUCUAUGUAGACGUAUUCAACAAAACAAAGCAGUCCUUAGACAUGUUAUCAGCCGCACCAAUCAAUGCAAUCACGCACCAGACACAAGAUAAAUUUACAUGAUUUUUUCUGUUUCUGGUUUCAAUUUUCAUGUCUCAUUUCCUUACCAGGUCUCCUGAAGUGGCAAGAGAAGGAAUCCACGGGGGAUAACUCGUACAACAGUUAUAUGUUAUUCGCUUUUUACCGGCUGGAAAAGUUUGCGACAACUGCAGUGAUCGCUUCGGGAAUUUGCUCAUCGCUUAUUGAAGACUGUUAAGCUUCCUGUUUCAGCCCCGAGGGUACCUGGGAACUGCGCUGCGACGCGGAAAGAACCUCAAAGGACGUGAAGUCUUCUCAGCAACAUAAAAUGGAUCCGAUCAAGCUUUGCUCCAUUCUUUCCGUGAUGUUUGGGGCCACAUCUUUCUUGGUUCUCGUUGUAGCUUCUCAAGUAUCGGAAGCAUCAUCUUCAUCUCCAUCUCCAUCUCCGUCAACGUCAACACCUCCUCCUGAAUCAACAUCAAUAUUACCAUCUCCGUCUCCAUCUCCAUCAACGUCAACACCUCCUCCUCAAUCAACAUCAACAUUACCAUCUCUGUCACCGUCAACACCUCCUCCUGAAUCAACAUCAAUAUUACCAUCUCCAUCUUCAUCUCCAUCAACGUCAAUACCUCCACCUCAAUCAACAUCAACAUUACCAUCUCUGUCACCGUUAACACCUCCUCCUGAAUCAACAUCAAUAUUACCAUCUCCAUCUCCAUCUCCAUCAACGUCAACACCUCCACCUCAAUCUGCAUCAACAUUACCAUCUCUGUCACCGUCAACACCUCCUCCUGAAUUAACAUCAAUAUUACCAUCUCCAUCUCCAUCUCCAUCAACGUCAACACCCCCUCCUCAAUCAACAUCAACAUUACCAUCUCCAUCUACAUCUCCAUCAACGUCAACACCUCCUCCUCAAUCAACAUCAACAUCAACAUCAACAUUACCAUCUCCAUCUACAUCUCCGUCUCCAUCUCCAUCAACGUCAUCACCUCUCCCUGAAUCAACAUCAGCAUUACCAUCUCCAUCUACAUCUACAUCUCCAUCAACACCUCCUCAGUCGACAUCGGCAUUACUAUCUUUAUCUCCAUCACUUCCAACACCUCCUCCUCAAUCAACAUCAGCAUUGCGAUCUCCACCUCCGUCACCGUCAGUGGCUCCCUCUCAAUCACCAACAGCAUUACCAUCUCCACCUUCAUCUCCUUCAACGUCCGCACCUCCUCCUCAAGCAACAUCUGCAUUACCAUCAUCACAGUCAGUAUCAUCAAUAUCACCUCUACCUCCAUCCCCUUCACCAUCUUCAUCACCGUCAGCACCUUCUCAAUCAACAGCAUUACCAUCUCCAUCACCAUCCCCACGAGCAUCGUCAACGUCAUCACCAUCAUCUUUUCCAUCUUCGUCACUAUCAGCAUUAUCAUCUACAGCUCCGUCUUUAACAUCAUCACCGUCACCAUCUCAAUCUUUAUCUCUUUCUCCAUCAGCAUCAUUAUCACGAUCUCCAUCAUCAAAAAUUUUGUUGCCAUCCUCGACUACAACUCCUGCGCAAUCAACGACGGGACCGUCCACAACACCGUCAACAGAGGGCUCCAAGGAAUUUAAAGGAAGCGGGUCAAUAGAUAGACAGUGGAACAAUGACUAUGCCAACAACAGUACAACUGCGUACAAACAACUCUCCAGCGAUCUGAAAAACCAUUUAGAGUUAGUCCUCAAGAAAUCAUAUGAAGAAAACUUCAUUGAUGUAGAAGUGAGUAACUUUCGGGAGGGAAGCGUGAAAUUCGAUUUUACAGUUUACCUAAAGGCCACAACGAAUGUUGACGAGGACACACUGAAAGAUGCAAUACAGAAGGGAGAAGGAGGUUCAAAUUUCACUAUCACUGGAGUUAGUGUGAGACAGAUCGCUGGUCCCACGCCAACUACGAGUACAACAGAGAAGCCUGAGGCAGGGUCCGGGUUAGAGAAAUGGAAAAUUGUCCUUAUUGCAACCAUGCCUGUGAUUGUAAUUUUACUGAUCGCAUUAUUAGUCGUCGUGUACCAAAACAGAAGAUUAAGAAGUGUGCAGAGAAACUUUCCUGUGUUGCAUGUUGACAGUGGUCACUCUAGAUCUGUGCAGCCCCGUAUGUACACGUACAGUGUGUCCUCGAACACAAAGGAAAUGUUCCAGUUAACUGGCCCUGGAGAGAACGCAGGCAGCAAAAAUAGUCAUGGAUUGACGACAUUUAGUCCGGAUAAUCACGGCCUCAGUGGCGCCAGUAACUCAGGUUACCUUACACUGGAAGGUGACAAGUCAGAGCGAGACUCUCAGUGGCUAGACUGGAACAAAAGUGAUGCUUCAGAUGAAGACAGCGUGCGCCACUCACCUGGAGUGGGCUUCAUUUAGCAAUUGUGCAAUUUACGUUUUUAAGGAACAAGAGACAGGAAUCGCAAUCAGUCAGAUACCCCCAAGUGAUAGGAAAAGAACUGGACAGAAAAACCCGAGAAUAAUUAGACCGACAAAUAGUUUCUACCUACAAUGUCUACAGUGUAUAAAUUUGUUGCUCUAUGUAAAUUAGCGAGAAAUAGUGUGAGCUAAAAGAUGCUGUCUUGAUCGGCACCCAAAUCUCCAAACUAACUUAAAUUAUAGACGUUUAUUGCAGCCAGUAGAAAGAAUAUCAAGCUUGCGUUACUCCAACCAAUCAACUGACAUUUAAGGACUAAAGUACGUUUAAGAGAAAUGAGACAUCCUCAUAUAUAUGUUCGAGCAUAGCAAACUUUACAGAAGUUCGACAGCACAGCUAGGGAGCGGUAGAGACGAAGACAGCUACAGACAGGGAGGGAUUGUACCAUACUGUCUUCGAAAAGCCCCCAUGGGGAAAGAUAAUAAAGGAUGUAUGUAUGUAUGAAUCACGCUUGGCUGUUCUAAGUUUUAGGUCUGACCUUAGCUAUAUUGUGAGAUUAUCAAUUAUUUUCGUAUUUUCUUUGCCGGUACUUCAAAUUGAGAGGCUUUAAAAAUCGUCAUGUUGAAAAUGAGAUUUUCUUCACGUGAUCAUGUCGUGGUGCAAACACUUUGCAUAAGUGAGGCCCAACGCCAAGCCCGAAUAAAGCCAUAAGAACAAAGGCAACAAACAAACAAACAAACAAACAAACAAGCAAACAAACAAACAAAUUAGCAAACAAAAACACAAACACAAGCAAAUAACCUGCAACAAAAAACAAAGAUAAUCACAGGCAAAAAUCGAACGUAAAAGGUUAAUUCAGUAUAAUUUCCAGUAGGCUCAUUUAUUUAUGGUGGACGUAUUAAACAAAAUGCCGAUCGUAAAGGCUUUUGUCGUUAACGGCAAAAAAUUUCGGAAACGUUCGCGUCAGUUUUUUUUCUGCUGUAUUCAACUAAGCCAGUGUAUUUAUUUUUGAUAUCAACUCGGAAGAACAUUUGGCCCACGACCCAUGACCUCGACCCUAAUCUCAUCUGGAUCUCGGAUUUUUUUCCGAGUUGAUGUCAUUUCUACAUUUAGUAUUCCUUACUGUAAUAUUUAUUUUUGGUUGACGUAGUAUAAUUUUUUAGGUGAGGUCAUUGUUAAUAAAUUAGCUGUAGUAUCAACAUGUAAACUGACCGAAAAUCCUGUGUGUGCUAAUUUAAUUAAACAAUUCAAUAGUUAUAUACA